AUGGCGAAAGCACUAGAAGCUUUUGAUAGAAUGCUUGGAAAUGGUGUUUCAUGUGAUCAGUUCACUUAUUCGAACGUUCUUAAAGUAUGUUGUUCCAUACCAUCUCUUUCAAGUGGCCAACAGAUACAUGCUCAUUUGAUUAAAUUCAAUUGUGAAUCGAAUAUGCAUGUUGGAAGCUCUCUGAUAGAAAUGUAUGCAAAGUGUGGUAAUUUGACAGAUGCAGAAUAUGUUUUUCAUGCCAUGCCAACUCGAGAUAUGAUCUCAUGGAAUUCUAUCAUUAAAGCUUAUUCACAAAAUGGGUAUCCGAAGAAAGCUAUUAUGCAUUUCAGAAAGAUGACUGAAGAAGAAGGAAUAAAGCCAACGAGUACUACAUUUGUUGCUGUUCUCUCUGCUUGCAGUCAUUCAGGAUUGGUUGAUGAAGGACUGACCUUUUUGCGUCAAUGA